UAGUUCACUUCAGAUGGCUGAGAAGACAACCAGAGGCCGGCAGGAUGUCCCUGGCUCUUCUCCGGAUGAAAAUGAAUUUCCCUUCGGAUAUCCCACUAACAUUUGCGAGGAUGUGCCUGAUCAGAAGUACCUGUGCAGCAACUGCAAUAACGUUCUGAAGAAAGCCCUGCAAACGCUCUGUGGGCAUAGGUACUGCUCAGCCUGCCUCUCCUGGGUUGUACGAAACAAUAAAAAUGCGAUUUGCCAGAAAUGUAAAGAGGAAGAUCCCAGCACUUUAAGUGAGGGAAGCCUAUUGGCAGAAGAAAGGGCUUUUGGUGAUGCUGCCAUUAAUAAAGAGAUUUCUGAACUCAAAGUGCACUGUAUGACCCUCGGAUGCAGUUGGUCUGGUAUCAUGAAAAAUUUUGAAGAGCAUCAGAGCUUGUGUGAAUAUGCUUUAAUCCCUUGUCACACUGGUUGUGGACACAUGGUGAUGAGAAAGAAACUUGCAGAUCAUUUGGAAAAUGGAUGUGUUAAUAAUGUGACAACGUGUCAGAAGUCUGCAAAGGGUUUCAUCCCGCCAUCGGAGCUGAGUGCGAAUGGUGCGGGAAAAAGCAUCUGUGAUCUGCAGAUCCCAGGCGGGCUGGAAAUCAACGGGGAUCUGGAAGUAGACUGUUUUCCUGGGUCUUCUCUUUCUGAAGAUGAGUCUGUUCUGCAACAACUUGUGAGGGAGAAAGUGAUUUCUGAGCUAGAAAAUAAGCUACAUGUGUUUGAGAAUAUUGUGGCAGUGCUCAAUAAAGAGGUGGAGACCUCUCACUUGGAAAUCACAGCCUUUCGGAGACAGAGUGAACUUGAUCAAAAUAUAAUACGAGGCCUUGAACUGAAGAUUGCAGAGUUGCACCGGUGCCUGACACAGAAGGACGCAGGCCUGAGCAGUCUUCAUAAGAGUCUUCUGUUCUCUGAGCAAGCCUCUUACGAUGGGGUCUUUCUGUGGAAAAUAACAGAUGUUGGCAGGAAGUUACAAGACUCUGUGACUGGAAGAACAGUCAGUUUGUAUUCACCAGCUUUCUACACGGCAAAGUAUGGCUACAAGGUCUGUCUGAGGGUUUAUCUGAACGGGGAUGGGACAGGAAAAGGAACCCACGUGUCCCUGUUCUUUGUUGUCAUGAAAGGAGACUACGAUGCUUUGCUCCCGUGGCCUUUCAGGCACAAGGUUACGUUUAUGUUGCUUGACCAAAAUAACAGGGAACACAUUAUCGAUGCGUUUCGCCCGGACUUGACUUCUGCUUCAUUUCAGAGACCAGUGAAUGACAUGAAUGUUGCGAGUGGCUGUCCCAUGUUCCUCCCGUUGUCCAAAUUACAGUCACCUAAGUAUGCCUAUGUGAAAGAAGACACACUUUUCCUUAAAUGCAUUAUAGAAACAAAUCAGUAA